AUUUUCCCCCACUUGCUCCAGCCUCACCCAGGCUUGCUUUUGCUUAGUAACUACACUAGUAGUAGGAGCACUUCACUUUCUCCACCAAUCCCAUUUCCAUUUUCCCCUUCUCUCCCAGCCCCGAGACCCCCCAGAGAAUUCUUGACACAAAAGUUAAAACUAACCCAAAAGGGGAAAAUGAAAAUAAAUACUAGUAGUAGCACGAGUACCAUCAAUUAAAACUCUAAUGCUCAUUCCAUUUAAUCCAUCCAUCAGUUAAACGAGUUUAAAUUAGAGAAAAGAUAUAGGAAAAAGAAAAAAAGAUCCAGCUUACAGGGAAAGAAGCAAAGGUGCUUGGAAAUCUGUCAAUCUAGUACUAGUGCUAUAUUUGUACUAAAUGUCUUCGACGCCACCAACGACCAUGCCGCCGGCGUCUACCGCACCGGCUGCGGUGGCGGUGCCGGCAACGGCGGCGGCUACUACGACGACGACGACGACCACCGCCACCACCCCCACCCCCAGUGGGGCGGGACCUGCCUUGACUGCGCCUGAGAGGGUCCCAGUGGGGCGGUCUAAAGGGAUCAAUGGCCUUGAUAAAAUCGUCCUCCGGGAAGUCCGCGGCAGCUCCGCUGAGGUGUAUCUGUAUGGGGGUCACGUGACAUCUUGGAAGAAUGACCAUGGAGAGGAGUUGCUCUUUCUCAGUAGCAAGGCUAUAUUCAAACCUCCAAAGGCCAUUCGUGGAGGCAUUCCAAUAUGCUUCCCUCAAUUCUCGAAUCUUGGCCCUCUGGAGCAGCAUGGAUUUGCUAGAAACAGGUUUUGGACCAUUGAUACUGACCCCCCUCCUUUUCCAACUGGCACCCCUCCUAAGGCUUUCGUUGACUUGAUUCUUAAGCCUACUGAUGAAGACUUGAAGAUUUCGCCUCACAGUUUUGAGUUUCGCUUGAGGAUUAGUUUGUCACCUGCCGGUGACUUGAUGUUGACAUCUCGCAUCAGAAAUACCAACUCUGAUGGGAAGCCCUUCACCUUUACAUUUGCAUAUCACACCUAUUUCUCAGUUUCAGAUAUCAGUGAAGUUCGUGUUGAAGGAUUGGAGACUCUGGAUUAUCUUGAUAAUUUGCAGAAUAAGGAACGAUUUACUGAACAAGGGGAUGCAAUAACUUUUGAAUCUGAAGUGGACAAGAUCUACCUUGGAACACCUACAAAGAUUGCAAUCCUGGAUCAUGAAAAGAAAAGAACAUUUGUCUUGCGUAAAGAUGGACUUCCUGAUGCUGUGGUGUGGAAUCCUUGGGAGAAGAAAGCAAAGGCAAUGGCUGAUUUUGGGGACGAGGAAUACAAGCAUAUGCUAUGUGUGGAGGCGGCUGCUGUUGAAAAGCCAAUCACUUUAAAGCCUGGUGAGGAGUGGAGAGGAAGGCAAGAGCUUUCUGCUGUUCCUUCAAGUUACUGCAGUGGGCAACUUGAUCCUCGGAGAGUUCUUCAGGGCAGCUAAAAAAUGGGUUGUGCUAAUUCAUAUGAUGUACAGGUGCUGAGUUGAAGUAUACUGUUGGGAGUGCAAUGGCUACCUCUGUCCCAGACUCUUUCCUGUGUUAUCCUUGGUUAAUUUUGUUUACCUUGGGUAGGAGGUUAGAGAAACUGUCUAAUAAUCUUUUGAGUAUUUGGAUACGAGACUGUUUGGAUGCCAAUCCUGUUAUAUAUUUAGGAAAGGCAGCAAGUCGGGUCCUUGCGUAAUCAGGGGUGUCUGAACUCUAACCUGAUUAUUUAUAUUUUUACCAAACUCUUGAGUUGGGACCCGAUUGGAUGAAGCUAUUAUCAUUCAUGAAUUUAGCUGCUUUUGAGUAGGGUUGUAUCUAUUUGCACGCUGAGGAACUUACCUCAAGCAGCGUAGAAAUUUGACUGCAUCAAAUCGGGCUUUUAAAUUGAG